AUGUUUGAAUUAAGCAAAAAGUUUUUUUUAUCCUUUGAAAUUCCAUUCAGUCAAAUUCAGAAAAUUACAGCACGGUCAUCAGGACCAGGGGGUCAGAGUGUCAACAAGGCUGAAACUAAAGUGCAACUUCGAUUUAAUGUUGAUACUGCAAAAUGGAUCCCUUCAACUGUUAAAGAAAAUUUGAAAAAAAUUUUCAAAAACAAACUGAACAAAUCUAAUGAGUUCAUCAUUGAAUGUGAAGAAACCUCUUCUCAGAUAUCGAACUACAAAAUUUGUGCUGAUAAAUUAAAGGCUAUUCUUGAAGAAGCAGAAAAUUACAAGGAAAAGGUUAAGUACACAACUGUUAAAGAUUUUAUCAAUCUUAUUAAGUCAGACGAACAAAUAAAGAGAUACAAAGAUACACUAAUUAAUCAGAAAAAAAAAAGACGGGAAAGAAAAUUUAAUAGAAGAGAUUACGACUGA